AACAAACAAGACACUAUUUAAUAUUUUUGUGUGUGUGUUGUUUUUUUUGUGCAAAACUGUAUUUGAUUUACUGAAUUAAUCAUAUCAUGAGUAAAGCGAUAAUGUAUAUCAAACUUUUUACAUGAAAAGUUUCUUUGCUGAUGGUAUAUUAUUUGUGCUGUAAUAGUUAUCAUUACACCAUGCACUUGUUUAAGUUUAUCUUUACUCGUAAAUCGAUAACUUCUGAUUCAUUUAAAGUGAUCAGGCGUUUAUCUUCAUCCUCUAAAAAAGUGCCGCGUGUUUGUGUUGUGGGUGCAGGCCCCGCUGGAUUCUAUGCUGCAACACAUUUGAGCAAAAAGCUUGAUUCUGUUAUAAUUGAUAUUAUAGAGAAACUACCGGUUCCUUUUGGAUUAGUAAGAUAUGGUGUAGCUCCUGAUCACCCUGAAGUUAAAAAUGUGAUUAACCAAUUUACUAAACUAGCUCAGCAAAAAAAUGUAAAUUUUUAUGGUAAUAUAACAUUGGGCAAAGAUUUAACGUUGAAUCAGCUGAGACAACAUUAUGAUGCUGUUUUAUUGACCUAUGGUGCAGAAGAAGACAAAGUGUUAGGCAUAGAAAAUGAAGAUGCAAAAAAUGUUAUAGCAGCUAGGAAUUUUGUAGGAUGGUAUAAUGGCCAUCCAAGAGAUACAAAUUUAAAGGUUGAUUUAUCUGGACAAACAGCUGCAAUUCUUGGCCAAGGAAAUGUAGCUUUGGAUGUAGCAAGAAUACUGUUGUCACCAGUAGAUGAACUUAAGAAGACAGAUAUAACAGAAUAUGCCUUACAGGAAAUAGCUGAAUCCAAAAUAAAGGAAUUAUAUCUUGUUGGAAGAAGAGGACCUUUAAAUGUAGCCUUCACAAUUAAAGAGCUGAGAGAACAGAUUAAUCUUAAAAGCAAUGUUGUGGUUUGGAGGAAAGAUGAUUUUGUGGGUGUAGCAGAUGUUGUCAGUAAUCUAGCAAGGCCAAGGAAAAGAUUGACUGAGCUUAUGUUAAAAACUUUAAAUGAUAGUUUAAAUGACCAAUUAGCUGAUAAGGCUCAAAAAUUUUUUAAACCCAUUUUCUUUAGAAGCCCACGAAAAUUUUUAGUUGAUGACCAAAAGAAUUUAAUUGGCAUAGAACUUGUAUGCAAUCAAUUAAUUGGAGAUAAGAUUGAGGAACAGAAAUGUUUGCCAACAAAUGAUAGUGAAAUUUUGAACUGUAGUCUUGCAUUUCGUAGUAUUGGUUAUAGAAGUAUUAAAGUUGACUCAGACUUAAACUUUUCAAAUGGUUUAGUAAUUAAUGAAAGAGGUCGUGUCCUAGAUAGUGGGAAUGGUGAUUCAGCUAAGCUCUAUGUAGCAGGAUGGCUAGGCACGGGUCCUGUUGGAGUUAUAUUACACACUAUGAGUAAUGCAUUCCAGGUGGCUAAAUUCAUAUGUGAAGAUUUGCAAAAGCAUAAUGAAGGUCUAUCGAAAGGUGGUUUUGAGGAACUAAAAAAAAAUAUGUUAAAAAAUAAUAAGCCCAUUAUAGAUUGGCAGGGCUGGAUAAAAAUUGAUCAUUUUGAAAUUGAGCAAGGUAAAAAGAAAGUUGGCAACAUUUUAAUAAUGCCAACUUCAAAACAUUACGUAAGCAUAAUGGCUGAAGAAAACUGGAAUGAUGAUGGCGCUGAUCCGGUCAGCAUGGUUGUCGAUUCUAUGCCACUGCCGCAAGCUGACAUUCCAGAAAUAAAAUUAUUCGGAAGAUGGAGCUGCUACGAUGUCCAAGUGUCUGACAUGUCGUUACAAGAUUACAUUUCCGUGAAGGAGAAGUAUGCUAAAUACCUGCCCCACUCGGCAGGCAGGUAUGCCCACAAACGUUUCCGCAAAGCGCAGUGCCCUAUAGUCGAGCGUCUGACGAACUCUCUGAUGAUGCACGGAAGAAACAACGGCAAGAAACUGAUGGCCGUUCGCAUCGUCAAGCACGCCUUCGAGAUCAUCCACCUUCUGACAGGCGAAAACCCACUGCAGGUUCUUGUAACUGCUAUCAUCAAUUCUGGACCCCGUGAAGACUCAACUAGGAUUGGUCGUGCCGGUACAGUGCGUCGUCAAGCGGUGGAUGUGUCACCUCUCCGUCGUGUCAACCAAGCUAUCUGGCUGUUAUGCACAGGAGCACGUGAAGCCGCCUUCAGGAACAUUAAAACAAUUGCAGAGUGUGUUGCUGAUGAACUGAUCAAUGCUGCGAAGGGUUCAUCCAACUCUUAUGCCAUUAAGAAGAAGGACGAGCUGGAGCGUGUUGCUAAAUCCAACCGUUAAGAGUUUUAUAUAUGUAAGGACAAAAUAAAAAUGUAAGAAAA